GUGAAGAAAUGACGGCAAUACAUUCACAGACGCUUUAAAUUUGAGCAGACUGCACUGCGCAGUGUGUACGUUAGUUUCGAAACGGAAGUUAUGCUUAUUUAGGUUUCCGAAGAUUAAUUUUUCAUUGUGAUUGUUAUGGCAAAUGCAGGUUUUGGGACUGGGAAAAGUUUAAUUGUAUUAGCUAUUGUUGUGGGGUGUUUUGCUAUAUUAUGGCCAAAAAUAUUCUAUCCAAUGAUGCAGACUGCUUUUGCUAUGACAUCGCCCAAAAUAGACAGCGAUGGAUUUCGAGAAACUGAUCGGCCUCCUCAUCUUCAUCCUGGUUCCAUCAAUCCUCGAAUGAGGAGUUCUAUGUCAGAUGAUGUGCAAGAUAAAUUUCACAUGAGGGAAGGGAGGCCAUUUCCUCAUCCUCAAGCUAGACAGCCUGUUAAAACACAGCCUAAAUCAGGUGGAGCCAUGAGUAUUAUUAUGCCCAUUUACACAGUGGGAAUAAUUGUUUUCUUUGUGUAUACAGUUUUAAAGCUUGUCUUUAAAAAGCCUUCUGAGGCUGAUAAAAAGCCCUUAAUCAAGGAUUUUCACAUGGAUCCAGAGUAUAGAAAAUUCGUAUGCCAACAGUCUUCUAAAGAAACUACAAAAAAUUGCCGGGAAGAAAAAAGAUCUAAAAAGAGUUCAAAUCUUUCUGAAACUACCAUUCCCGAAAGUUGUGCUGAAGAGUUAGAUGCUAAAGACUAUGAAAUCUACAAGUUAAAAAAAAAGCUGGAAGAAACGGAGCAAGCAAUGGAGCGAAUAAUGAAGCAUAUGGGUGCAAUGAGUGCAUGUCUAUCAGAACGUAUGACAAAUGAAAAAAAUGUAAGCCCUGCUGAACAAACUGAAAUUAGACAAAGGCAUAAAGGUAAAGCUAAAAAUCAUGGCAGCAGUAAUGCACAGAAAAUGUAUCGAAUGGAUGAGGAAAGAAAUGCUUUGGAACAUGAACAUUGCAAGAAAUUGCAGGAAGAUCUCACAAAACUCAUAAAAAUGUCCUCUAACCUAGCUCCGGAAGUGGAAUCCUGUACUGAAACACUGCAGGAAACUAAAAUAUCAGAGCAAUGUAUUGAAGCUACCAAUGAAAGCCAUGGCCAGAGCGAUGAUGAUGAUGCAAAUAUCUCUGAAGGUGAAAGUGAUUCGGGUGAUGGAGAAAAUGAAAUCACAAAUGAACAAGAUGUUUGUUGUGAAAAAGCUAAUGGUUGUUGUAAAAACAUUUAUUCACAUGAUGGUAAAGUCAGUGUUGAUGCGUUCCUGUAAUGGUUAAUUUUAUGUAUUGGUGUAUUAAAUUAUUCAUUUCCCUGUUUUAAUGUAGAUAUUUAAAAAUGCUUAGUAACAUUUUGAGUAUUAUUAAUGAAUUUGUUUCUAGUGUAGCAAAGCUUAUUUAUAAUCUAGCUAGCAGAAUUUUUAUGCUGUUUUUAAUGUGUUAGUGCACAGAAAGAAAAAGAGCUUGUUUUAUCCUAUAGAAACUUUGAAGAAGGUUAAAUUUUGUCUCUUUAUAAUAUACAAACUAUAAUAUGAAUAACUAUAUACAUAUUAUCUAAUCUUUUGAAUGGGUUUGCUGUAUUGCAGCACUGUAAGUAAAAUACUGUAUUUAUUAUGAAAUAAAUUUAUGAUUAUCAAUGAGUCUUAAAAGAACCCAUAAUAAUAGCAUGGUAGCAUAUAAACUUAGUUUUUUCCCUCUUAUGUUAUGCAAGAUAAAAUUUUCAUUGCAUAAAUUAUAAAACAACUGAAGAUUAAGUACCUAAAAGUAUCUCAUAUUUUGUAUACAAUGUACUGUCAACUGUUAUAAAUAUUUAAAAAAAAAAAAAAAAAAAAAAAAAAAACCUCUCUUAAUAUAAUUACACAAAAAUCAAUUUUAUAAAUGAGAAUGUGGAAUGAGGGUAGAAUGAAAUGAAUCUAUUCCUUAAAUUUCAAGCUGUUGAAGAUUUUAUCAGCAAUAAUAGUAAGAACAUUUUAAAAAAAAAUUAAAAAAAAAAAAAAAAAACUUUAAUAUUUAAAAAUCUAUUAAUAUAAAUUGGAUGAAAACUGCAAAUUCAAUGUGUCUAUGCUAGAGAUAGUCAAUUGAUAUUAAAAUAAUUCAUUCAUAUUAGUUUAAAUGGUAACUAUUAAUAUAAUCACCUGCUUUACUAAUUGAAGUUUAACCAAUCGGUAUUAUAUAACAAUUUUAUAAAUAUUUACUGAACACAUUUUAUUUAUCUGAUAUUUCAGAAUUUAACUCCUUACUAUAUAUUUUAGUGUAAUAAUUGUACUCCCUUCUUUGCUUUGUGUUCUUAAUUCAUUUAUAUUUAUGCCCACUGCCAAAAGUAUUCAGUGUCUGAAUAUUUUCAGCAUUGAUGCACGGUGACAUUUUAAGUACUGUGGAUGUUUUUAUCAUAUUCAUAUUGUGUAUUUGAUAUUUAAAUCAUGUUAUUUAUUGUGAGUUUGAUGUUUUAGAAUAAAAUUUAUGAUAUUAAGUUCA